GAGAGUGGAUGCAACACACACCCUGAGAUGCUGUGCUGGCUCAGAGAAGACGAGAUGUCGGUACAGGAGCUGCUACAGAGGGUGCAGAGUGUCAUCACUCAUGUCGAUGAGAUCAUGCAGCAGGAGAUCAGGCCCCUGCUGGCCAUGGACAUCAUAGAGCAGCUCCAUCGCCAGUUUGCCUUGCUCUCAGGAGGGCGAGGAAAAGAUGGUGCCCCCAUCAUCACCUUCCCAGAAUACUCAGGCUUCAGUGAAGUGCCAGAGGAAGACUUCCAUAAUGUAGUUACUUACCUGACCAGCAUCCCCAGUUUGGAUGCUGCCAGUAUCGGCUUCAUCAUCAUCAUCGACCGGCGGAAGGACAAAUGGAGCUCAGUAAAGGCCUCUCUGUCAAGGAUCGCUGGAGCAUUUCCAGGAAACCUGCAGCUGGUGCUGGUGCUGCGACCCACCAGGUUCUUCCAAAGGGCCAUAGCAGACAUCGGGAUCAAGCUGCACAAGGAUGAUUUUAAAAUGAAGAUCGUGAUGCUGAACUCUCUGACGGACCUACAAGGUUAUGUUGAAAAAGGCCAGCUGACCCGGGAGCUCGGAGGAAACCUGGAGUACUGUCACAGUCAGUGGAUACAUCACCGAACUGCCAUAGAGAACUUUGCAAUGACGGUGAAAACCACAGCCCAGAUGUUACAGAGGUUUGGGACAGACCUGGCAGAAACAGAGCUGCCCAAUGACGUCCAGUGCACCAAAGAUCUGCUCACAGCACACACGGACAAACACGGCAACCUCAAGGAUGAACUGAAGCUAGGUUUGAAGCAAGGCACCACCUUGUUGGGUUGUAUCAAGGAACAGGCAGCAAAGUCAGAGAAUCACAAACUGAACCCAGACGAGAUGGAGAACCACACCACUGUAGAGAGGCUCCUUGCCCAGCUGGACGAGACUGAGAACGCUUUUGAACAGUUCUGGUGUAAACACCACCUAAAACUGGAGCAGUGCCUGCAGCUACGCCACUUUGAACAGGACUUCAGAGAGGUCAAAGUUUCUCUGGACAGUUUAAGGGACAGUUUGACCAGCCUCUCAGUUAUCGAGGAUUGUCUGGCCAGAGUUGAACACCUGCUAAAAGAACUGAAAACAUUGGAGGAGAAGGCUCAGCCUACACUAGAAAAGGCCCAGCUCCAUGCACUGCACGGUGACCAGCUGAUCCAGAGCAACCACUACGCCGUGGACUCCAUUCGACCCAAAUGUGUAGAGCUGCGGCGCGUCUGUGAUGACUUCAGCAACGAGGCCAAGCAAAAGACGGAUGUCUUUUCCAAAAGCUUGCAGAUACACAUGGGCAUUGAAAAGGUAAACCAGUGGUGUGAGUCUGGCAUCUACCUGCUAGCCUCCCAGGCUGUGGAUAAGUGUCAGUCACAGGAAGGGGCACAGUCUGCGCUCACCGACAUCCAAGGCUUCUUGGUAUCAGCCGAAAAGAACCAGCUGACUGAACUGAGGAACCUCCAUAACCAGUAUGAGGUGGUGCUGUCUGAGGAUAUCAAGACAAGUGUCCUGAAAGCACUGAAGCGCCUGGAAGAUGUCCAAGAAAUGUUUGAGAAGCGUCAGAUCAGCCUGAAGAGACUGUCGGCUAAACAGACGAGGCCCAUCCAGCCCGUGGCCCCGCGGCCUGAGUCGUCUCCCAAACGGCCCCCACUGAAGAACCCCACCAGGACUACAGGGAACCAACAGCCCCUGGCUCGCAGAGUAUCGGAUAACUCAAACAGCAGCAAGCAGCCAGCCGAAGCUGAUCCUAACAAGAAGAAGAUCAUACGCAAGGCCAGGGGAGGCAUCAAGAUUGAGGUGAUGCAUGAGGAAAGCCAAGGAGGUUCCACCCACGUCGUGUUAACGAACGAGACAGAGGAAAGUUUGUCCAACAGACGCAGACACAUAAUGACUGAGCUCAUUGAAACAGAGAGGCUGUAUGUGGAGGAACUGCAAAGCAUCAUGGAGGGUUAUUUUGCAGAGCUAGAUAACUCAGAGCUCAGCCACCUCACACCCCCCUCCCUGGAGAACAAAAGAGAUGUGCUGUUUGGCAACCUGCCGGAGAUAUAUGAAUUUCACAACAGGACAUUUCUGAAAGAGCUGGAGAACAGCAUAGAGAAACCAGAGCUGGUUGGAACCUGCUUUCUGAAAAGGAAAGAAGAGCUCCAGGUGUAUCAGAAGUACUGUCAGAACAAACCUCGCUCUGAAGUUCUCUGGAGACAGUGUGGAGACAGUCUCUUCUUUCAGGAAUGCCAGAAGAAACUGGACCACAAACUCUCCCUGGAUGCCUACUUGCUAAAGCCUGUCCAGAGGAUCACCAAAUACCAACUCAUGCUCAAGGAGAUGUUAAAAUGCAGUAAAAGUGAGGGCAUGGCUGAGCUGGAGGAAGCUCUAGCGACCAUGUUGGAUAUCAUCAAGUCUGUCAACGACUCCAUGCACCAGAUAGCCAUCACAGGCUUUGAGGGAAACCUGAGUGAGCUGGGGAAGCUGCUGAUGCAGGGAUCUUUUAAUGUGUGGACUGACCACAAGAGAGGCCACAGCAAGGUGAAGGACCUGGCCAGGUUUAAGCCCAUGCAGCGGCACCUUUUCCUGUAUGACAAGAUGCUGCUGUUUUGUAAGAAGCGAGAGGAGACCAUCGAGGGCCAUGAUAAGACCCCAUCCUACAGCUUCAAACACUCACUCAAGAUGAGCGCUGUGGGCAUCACAGAGAACGUUAAAGGAGACAGCAAGAAGUUUGAGGUGUGGUACAACGGCAGAGAGGAGGUUUACAUCAUCCAGGCUCCUUCCAUGGAUGUUAAAAAUAUGUGGGUGUCAGAGAUUCGCAAAGUUCUUACAGGCCAGUUGGAGGCAUGCAGAGAGGCAAGCCAGCUCAACAUCUAUGGAGUUCCAAUGAGCAGAAGUGUGCGGAAGCUUGCGCUGAGACAGUCUGAUUCAUCCAGUCCAGAGUCCGGUUUCAGGAGGAGCAACCCCAGCCCAAACAUGAGACAGAAGAGAGUCGAUGCUUCCGCCAGCCAAUCAGGCAACUCGGUUGCUAACGCUAGGAAACGCUUCACAUUGCAGGGACUUUCAAACAGGAGGUCUCUCCAAUCAGAGCCUGCUGCUAAGGAGGCAGAGGUCCCCCGCCGCUUCUCUCUCACCUCCUCACUUGCCUCCUCCACUUCCUCCUCUUUCGCCAUGCGACGCACAAAAGGUCCCCUCUCCUCUAGCAUAAAGAGCAAGAGACACGAGAUAAAGAGCGAUCCCACUCCAUUUGGUUAUGAAGAUACUUUGCGUGGUGCAAUGGCUGCAGCCAGGAAACGUCAGAGUAUGACUAGCAACACAGCCCCCGCUGCUGGCAGGGCCUCAGCUGUCCCUAGAUCCACCUCCCAACCAGGCUGGACACAGCGGCGUCUCCCUUCCAUGGACACAGAGGACUUUGAGACGAUCCCCUCCAGUGCAGAGGAAUCCUCCAACUCUUCAGAAGAUGAAGGCAACCAUAAGAAUGGUGACAGCAGUCGUUUCCGGGUGCAGUUGACUUAUGAGUCUAAAGAAGCACGGGUCCCUCUGGAGACCGCUGACCUGGUCCAGUUUCUGGAGGAAGCGGAGAAUGGACACUGAUAUCUUCAGUGAACUGUGUACAGCAGCUCUCUCCGACUCAGAUGAAAAUGAAGCCAGUACGUAUGGAACUGUGUCUCAGGACAGCAGCUAAUCAUGGCUGACUAUUGUUGUUCAUUACGCUGGAUGACAAACAUUUUGAUGUAUCACAAACAUGACUGAUAACUCUAUAACUACAGUAUCUAAACUGUAAUUUUUUUAAGCUGGACUUGAAAUGUUAAAGACUAUUAGUUUUUUUCAAACACGUAGUCUACAAAUAUGUCCAAAAAUCUGGAACCGUUACAGACCUGAAUGUGACCACAUGGAAGCCAUACAAGUAUUUGAGUUCAACCACCUGUUGUCUCUGGGGCCUGAAAACCUACAGACAUGGACACUGAAAUUUACAUCCAAAUGUGGAUGAAUUCUGAUUCAAUACUGUAUCAAAAAAUACAGUGGCUGGGCUGGAUACCUGAAGUGUCAGAUUCCAUUUAUGACUUUUAUAACAACAGAUAACAUUAUCACCUCCAUGUGCUGGUUGUGAGGAGGCCUUGGCAUGAUGCCCUGUUUUGCUGCUACACUGCGCUCAUGCAAAUCUCUUAGAGACCAGGUUCUGCCUCUGCUGCCUAGCUUCAUCUGCUUCAUCAGACCCUCCACAGCAGCUGCAGUCUCCAGAAGAAACUACAAGUUUUCCUGCUUGCCUUAUUUCACUAGAUAGUCCCUAGUAGAUAUAUUGCCAAUAGGUUACAUCAGAUGUUGUAUAUUAUCUCAACGCACCCUAUCUCACACCCUGUACAUUUGCAAAUGAUCUUUAUAAAUUGCUCAAGGAAGUUGAAAGAUAUCACCAUUUUAUAUAGGCAUUUACAAUCCAGAUAUUCCUCUUGGUUUACUAUGUCUGGAGAGAACUUGUAUUAUAUCUUGUUUGUUUGUUUUUAGACAUUCUGGGUCAAACUGUCUUGUAAAGUUUACCAUGCUAUCAUGUUAGCACAUACUUGAUUAGACAUCAAGCAGAUAUGGUGUUACAUUGGAAUUCAGUUGGUUCUGGCAACCUGACUAAUGUAAAUCACAUGUGAACUUUCUUGCUCGGUUUUAGUCUAUACACAGCUGUUGAAAAAUAAAAAUGUAUUUUCUGUGUAGAGACAUAAACUAGUCCCUAACUUUGUUUAUCUGCAUUCUGGUGCCAAACAAGGUAAUGUGAUGUUUGGGGACAGCUUGCCCAAAGCAUCCAGAGACAAGGUUGAUGAGAGCGGACCCACCAAAACAACCAAAACAAUGUGCUAAAAUUGGCUAUAAUGAUACACAGUCAUUUAACUCACUGUUUAGUCAAAUGUAUUCAUUGGUGCAGUCUAUCAUCUGUCAAAGGUGCAUCAAUUGAAAAAUGUAAUUUCCUUUACUAGCCAAUGAGAGCCAAAUUACAUUUCAGCAGAAAUAAAUUCAUCAUAAUGUGUUUUCCAGUUUAUCUUUACACAUAUAUGGUGAAUCACAGACGGAAAAAGCCAAAUUGCUUUUGAUAAAUUAAGCAUAACUCCAGAACAUCAAUUCUGAAGAUGGAUUGGGUGUUUUUGUAAAUCAUGUGUCAGGAAACAGAUUGAUUUCUCUGACAUGUUAUUCUACUUGGAUUCAUCUGCACAUGAUGGGGGUUUUCACUUUUUAAGCACAUACUCGGCUGUAUGUUGUGAGAAACAUCUGGGAAUGUUUGGCUUUUGCCUCCAAGUGAAUUUUCAGGGAAAUGCUUUUCUUUUUGCAAACAGUACCCGGGUGGUUUCCUUACAUCAGCAGGGGAAAUAGCACUGCACACUGAUUGCCAGGAGGGCAUUGUAGUAAAUGUGGGAAGAUCAGCUUGUACAACUGCUGUAUCAUUCUCAGAGGCUUUACAAUAUUGUGUUUCUACUGAUGGACAGAAUUGUGCAGACUAUUCACUGAUAAAUCCACAAAAGCACUAUGCACUGUAUUCACAAACAGAUGAAGCACGACAUGUUGCAGGAAGGAGCCCUAAGGUUUCAUAUGUGUAAAUGUGUAGAUGACACCUGCUUUGAUUUGCAGACUGUAAGUUAUUAGAAAAAAAGAAAGAGGAAACUGAAAGGAUGUAAAAAAGGAAUAAAAUUCACCUAGUGAUUGAAUACAUGUCAGAAUGUAAGACUUAGUUACUCUGGAAGAAAGUCACAGUUAAGUCUUUGAAAACAAGUCACAGUUAAAAUUACCCUGACCUUUAUAAGCAAGUUAAGAUGGAUGGAUGGAUGGAUGGGUUAUCGACUUGAAAGGUGGAUUAUGGAUGGAUGGAUUUGUGGAUGGAGGAAUGGAUGUAUCAAUAGUGGGUGGGUUUAUGGAUUGAUGGUUGAAUACCUCUGUAGACUUGUGGUUGGAAGGACAGAUGGAUGGAUCAAAAGAAAGACAGCAAUAUAAAGAUUUUAAUAUACCCCGGUUACCAGAGGGCAGAAAUCGAUUACACUUCAUACACAUUAAUAUUAGUCCCGAUGUAAAGUCAUACUCUCUUGAACAUGCUGUAUAUUAUCGUCAUCCUGCGUUUAUUGAAAAAUGUUGUAUCUUUGUAAAGAAAAUAUUUCAGUUGAAAUGCAUCCUGCAAUUGAAUUGCCAUUAAACAAAACUAUAGAAUGUAACAAAUCUGUAUGUUGUAUCUGUCAUUAAAAAAUGUACAUAUUGCUUCAUUGUGAUAAUAUGCAUAGACAAUA